UGUUAGCCGUCUUUAUAGAGGUAUCCUUCCACCGAUCUUUGUUGAAGCGCCAAAAAGGGCAAUUAAAUUUUCAGCGAAUGAACAAUAUUCAACACUUUUUAAGAAACUUUUUGGUGUGGAUAAGAUGACGCAACCAUUGUCAAUUGCAUCGGGUGUUGCUUCAGGUUGUACGGAAGCUCUUGCUAUAGUUCCAUUUGAACUCGUCAAGAUUCGUCUUCAAGAUAAGGAAAGCGCAGGAAAAUAUCACGGCACAUUCGAUGCAAUAGCAAAAAUUAUCAAAAACGAAGAAUCAACAAUAUGGCGUCAUGCUGUGUGGAAUGGUGGAUAUUUUGGCGUUAUUUAUAAUUUAAGAAGGAUGCUUCCAAAAUCGACCUCAAAACAACAAACUUUGUUAAACAACUUUAUCGCGGGUGGCAUUGGUGGUACCGUAGGUACGCUUUUAAAUACACCAUUUGAUGUGGUCAAAACGCGAAUUCAGAAUGAUUCCGGACCAGUGAGGAAGUACAAUUGGACACUACCUGCUAUUAAGACAGUAGCUGUAGAAGAAGGAGUUGGUGCACUCUAUAAAGGUUUUGUUCCUAAAGUUCUUAGGCUUGGACCUGGUGGUGGUAUUCUCUUAGUUGUGUUUGAUCAA